GAGCGGUGAAAGGUCAAGUAGUGAGGUGAGUGAAGUGGGAACAUGCGCAGUGUGGCCAUUCAGCAUAGUGCAGGUGAUAAGAGAGGGGGAGACGGGCAACCGUUUGCUUUCAGUUGAAAAUCGAAUUAACGGCUUUGCAAUCAUCAAGCAGCUAAUGAACGGAGCUGUAACUCUAACCCCAGUAGAGCAGGGAGAGAGUUUACCUCAGGACUCGGCUUCCUCUUCGUCCGGGCUUGAAAGGUGCAAUGUCAAAGGAUAAGGAUAAAGACAAAGCACUCAAUAAAAUGGACAGUGGGGCUGAGGAAAAUAAAACUUCAAAGAAAAUUCCACCACCUCAGAACAAGGCUGAGAGAGAAUUGAGGAGCAGGAAACGCAAGAAUAACACGAUCGAAAAUAGCCUGAACAAAAUGCACAAGGAAGAUGUUUCAAAGAUGCAACUAAACAAAGAAAUAAAAAUUGAUCAAAAUGAGAUAUAUGACAAGACAGAAAAGAAAAUUAAAGGAAAUUUGUUGAAGAGAUCUUCAUGUCAGGAAUCCUUUGAAGAUAUGCUCUUGGGUAUGGAUGAACAGCUCAAAGAACUCUGUGCCAGGAAGCAAAAAGACAAGGAUAAAAAAUACAAAAAAAGGGAAAAGAAUUCUUCCAAUAAACCACAAGACCAGAAAGAAAAUAGUUUUAAGAGUAGACCAGAUAAUGAACUAGAAGCAGGCAGUGAUUAUGGAGACGUAACUGAAAAAGUAACAACUGAAAAGCUAACAAGCAAACAAACUCCAGAGAGGGAAGAUCACCUUUUAGAGGAGCUUAAUUUGAAUGUGAAGUCGGAGCCACUUAGCUCUGAUGAAGAUUCUGGAAAUCAAGAAAACAAGCAAAAAAAGGAGAGUGAACAUGCUGAGGAUCCUUCUACAAAGCUGGAUGAGGAACAAGAUGUGGACGGAAACACGUUUCCUGUUGAAUGUACUAAGAAAAGGAUCCACUGUGAUGUCAAUUCUGACCAGCAAAAGGGUAAAUCCAAGCGGUUAAAAAUGGAGGAAGCUGAGGAGGAGGAUGAAAUUCCUCAGACAUCAUAUUCAUGCAAGGGGCAUGGAAAAGGAUCCGUGAAGCGAAACAAGAAUGUGAAGAAUAAUGUCACAGCAAAAGAGAAAAAGAAACUGAAGAAGGAUGGAAAAAAUGAGCAUCAUUUGAAAGAGGAGGAAGAGAAGCAAGAUGUAGAGAAAUGGAAAUGGUGGGAAGAGGAACUCUAUGAAGAUGGUGUAAAAUGGAUGUUUCUGGAACACAAAGGCCCAUUAUUUGCACCUGAAUAUGAGAGCCUUCCCUCUGGUGUCAAUUUCUAUUACAAUGGCAAUCAAAUGAAGUUGACUCCUGCAGCAGAGGAAAUGGCCACCUUCUUUGCCAAGAUGCUGGAUCAUGAGUACACCACAAAGGCAAUUUUCAGACAGAACUUCUUCGAGGACUGGCGGCAGGAAAUGAACAGCUCAGAGCAGAUGAUAAUCACCGACCUAAAUAAAUGCGAUUUCAGGGAUAUUCAUCAAUACUUCACUGAAAAAGCAGAGGCCAGGAAAGCAUUGCCCAAGGAAGAAAAACAGAAAUUAAAGAUUGAACAAGAUGCAAUCACAGAGGAGUACGGCUACUGUAUAAUGGACGGGCAUCGGGAAAGAAUUGCCAACUUCAAAAUUGAGCCACCAGGGCUUUUUCGUGGUCGUGGUGACCAUCCAAAGAUGGGAAAACUAAAGAGAAGGAUCAUGCCUGAAGAUGUCAUCAUCAAUUGCAGCAGGGAUUCAAAGAUUCCAACACCUCCAGAAGGCCAUCAUUGGAAGGAAGUGCGUUUCGAUAAUAAGGUUACCUGGCUGGCAUCAUGGGUGGAAAAUGUCCAGAAUCUCAAUAAAUAUGUCAUGCUCAACCCGAGUUCCAAACUUAAGGGCGAGAAGGAUUUGCAGAAGUAUGAAAUUGCCCGACGCCUGAAGGACAGGAUUGAUGCAAUCCAAAGACAAUAUCGUUUAGAUUGGAAAUCAAGGGAAAUGAAAACACGACAGCGAGCAGUGGCGCUUUAUUUCAUUGACAAAUUAGCUUUGAGAGCUGGGAAUGAGAAGGAGGAAGGAGAGACUGCUGAUACAGUUGGUUGCUGCUCACUCCGUGUUGAACAUAUUCACUUGCAUGAUAACAUUGAUGGACAGCAGUGUGUUGUAGAAUUUGACUUCCUGGGAAAAGACUCUAUCCGAUACUACAAUAAGGUUGCAGUGGAGAAACAGGUAUUCAAGAAUCUAAAGUUAUUCAUGGACAAUAAGGAUCCUACAGAUGACCUGUUCGACAGAUUGAAUACCUCGGAUCUGAACAAGCAUCUUCAAGAGUUAAUGGAGGGACUCACAGCCAAAGUGUUUCGAACAUAUAAUGCCUCCAUUACACUGCAGAAGCAGUUGGCAGAAUUGACAAACCCGGAAGACAGUGUUGCAGAAAAAAUCCUGUCCUACAACAGAGCAAACAGAGCAGUGGCCAUUCUCUGCAACCACCAGAGGGCGCCCCCGAAAACCUUUGAGAAAUCUAUGAAAAAUAUUCAGGCCAAGAUUGAGGCAAAAAUGGAACAACUUGCUGCAGCUAAGAAAGAUCUGAAAAAUGCCAAGGUGGAUUGUAAAGUGAAAAAAGAUGAAAAAUCUAAACAGGUGGUGGAAAAGAAGAAGAAACUUCUUCAAAGGUUAGAAGACCAACUGAAAAAAUUGGAAGUUCAAGCAACAGACAGAGAAGAGAACAAGCAGAUUGCAUUGGGCACGUCCAAACUGAACUACCUUGAUCCUAGGAUCACGGUGGCAUGGUGCAAGAAAUGGAAUGUUCCCAUUGAGAAGAUCUACAAUAAGACACAGAGAGAGAAAUUUGCCUGGGCCAUUGAUAUGACCGAGAAGGAUUUUGAAUUCUAAAACAAUGUUCAUCUUGAAGCAAUUACUCAGUACCUCAGGGAGUCAAAACAAAUGUUACAUUAUAAAGAUUUGUACUUGAACACUCUUCACUGGAUCUGUUCUUGUUAGUUUUGUAUUAGUUAUAAAUGUAUAUGUGAUAUAAUUUUUUGAUAAUUCUGCACAUUUGGUAGAAAAAUAUGGAAAAAUUAAGAUUAAAGUUAAUGAAAUAUAUACACCUAUUGGAAGUUACACUUUGUCUGCAGGGCACAUCCAUAAGUUUAUCCAGGAAAUUACUUUUUUCUAAACAAAAAAAGAAACUUUCAUUCUAAGCAUCUCAAUAUCUCAGUAAUAUCAAAAUUCUUGAGCUGUUACCUGUAAAGUAGGCAACCACUGCAAGUAUAGGUGAAUAUCAUACACAACAAUCAGCUGCAGCUCAAAUAAUGGAUGAUAGCAUAGCUCAAAAUGAAAUGACAGUAAGUGCUUUAAAACAAGACUGAAAAAUUAAAAUGUCAAUAGAUAUGUGCUAAUGUGGAUUUGUAUUCAAGUACAUCUUGGUCCUGGAGGAUAUUGAUACAAUAUCCACCCUUGUACAAAGAGCAUGCCUUUACAUAGUCAUGGAAACAGGCCAUUUGGCCCAUUACGGCCAUGUUGAACAGUGGCUACCCAUCUGUAUUAAUCCCAUCUUCCAACACUUGGCCCAUAACCUUAUGCUUAUAUUUUAAGUCCUCAUCAAGACACUACUUAAACACUGUCAGUGAUUCUGCUUCCACCAUUCACUCAUGCAAAUUAUUCUAGGUACUCGCCACUAUCUGGGUGGGAAAAAAAGUCCCCCUCAGACCCCCUCUAAAUUUCUACAUCCUUAAUUUUUUCUACUUCUGACACGAGGGAAAACCGUUUUGUGCAGUCUACCCAACCAAUACCACUCUUAAUUUUAUAAACCUCAAUCAUAUCUCUCUUAAUCUCCUCUACUCCAGGGAAAACACACCUAGCCUCUUCAAUCACUCCUCAUAGGUGAAAUGUUCCAUCCCAGGCACCAUCUUGGUGAAUCUCCUUUGCACUCCCUCCAGCACUAUUGAAUCCUUUCUAUAGUGUGGUUUAAAAUGGCAUGCAGUAUUCCAGCUGAGGUCUGACCAAUGUUUUAUAACAUUGGAGCAUAACCUCCCUGCUCUUGUAUUCACUGCCCUGACUAAUGACACCCAGUACCCCAUAUACCUUGUUAACCACAUUAUCUACAUGCACUGCUGUUUGUAUGCCAGAGUUCCUCUGUUCCUCAAUAUUGCUUUGGACCAUACUAUUCAUAAUGUAUGUCCUCGCCUCAAGUACUCCCAAAGUUAGUACUUGCAUACUAAAUACAUUUAUCAGGAUUAAACAUUUCUCAGCCCAUUUCACCAACACAUUGAUAUCACCCUCUAGCCAGACUACCCCUAACACCAUCAACAACACUAAUAAUCUUUGCCAUCUGUGAACUGACUGGUCACACCUACCAAUGUCCACAUCCAAAUCGUUCACAUAUGUUACAAACUCCACUCAUCACAGAUUUUUAAUUACAAACCCAACCCUCAGUCAUCAGGGUUGAUUCUGAUGCAUUCCUGAUGCUGUUAGAUACAUCAGAGAUUCCUUAGUCAGUCAUACUUACCAAUAAUCCAGUGGGAGAGUCCUUUAUUGCAAAGAGGGAAUAAAAAUAUUAAUAAUGCUUAUCUGUAUUCAGGGUGAGUUUGGUAAAUUUGGAGUACUAAGAAAGUUACAAGUAGGUGGGAGAAAUGCAGAGGUUAGUGAUAUGACUGCUAUCAACAAGUAUUUGAUGAAGGAAACAUUUGAGAAGGUGAAGAUACAUUGGUAACAAAUGGAUUAAAAGUUGAAUCGAUAGUUUGCUGAGAUUUGGAACCAAGCGUAAUUUUUCAGCCUUGUUGGAUGUGCCCAGCAAAGUUCCACAGGAUUUUCUUCUAUGCUUCUGUUUACUGUAAAGGUUCAGAAAAUAGGGCAAAUGGAAACAAUGUGCAAGUUUGCAGAUGGUGUUAAAUAUGAGAUGUAAUUAAUAAUUCUACAAAGAUCAAAGGAGAAUAGGGCAAGAAACAGCUGCUGGUAAAUUCAGUGCCAGUAAAUGUAACUGGUACAUUUUUGGGAAAUAAAUAUGAAUAGAUAUACUCCGAAUAGUGAAGGGUUGCAAAAUGUAAGUAAGCAGAAGGAUUGGAAAAUCAUUUUCAAAAGAUAUUUAAAAUAGCAACUGAAGUGGAUGAAGCCCUAAUGAAAGUUAAUGGAAUAUUUGAAGUUCUAUAAAAAAAAGUAUAAAGUAUAUAUAAAAUAAAACAAGCCAGGAUGGAAUUUGAGAUUCUUGAGGAGACUAAGCCCUCAGAAUAUUGUAUGGGAUCAGGAAGGAGGACUGAAAAGCUGUACCUAUUUUCAUUAGAACUGGACAUUUAUGACUGAUUUGCUGGAUGUGUUUAAAGUUGUAAAGGUCUCUGAUGGAUUUUAUAUGAUCUUUUUAUUGAUCUAGAACGAAGAAGCCUAAUUCUAAAAUUAAAUCCAAAGUUUAGAACAAAUAUCAGGAAAAACCUGUCCAUUCAGCCAUUGGACUGUGGACAGUAUCACCAGAGUUAAUGAUUAAAGCAACUAAAUAAUAUGCCAGUAUUUUUACAUAUGCAUAGUUGAAAAGUGAAUUAUGCAAAGAUAUUAGGACUGCUGUUAUUCUGGAAAUGUAAACAUGUACUGAUUGGACUGUAUGGCCUUCAUCUGCUGACAUUUCUAUGUAUUAUCAGAUGUUAGUCUUUAAAGAACAUUUAUACUCUAACCUGUAGCUUUACAUAGUCAAGACACAAAGACUGUAGAUGCUGGUAUUUGGAACAACAAACGAGCUGCUGGAGGAACUCAGUGUGUUGAGACGCAUCUUUGGGGGGGGCAGUGGGGGGGAAGGAAUUGUCGACGUUUUCGGUUGAGACUCUGCAUCAGAACUGACAGUGACUGUUUGUUGCUUUAUGUAGUCCUGUCUCCCACUAAAAUUACCUGUAACGUCCCCUGUGACUUUGUGUGAGUUACAGCCUCAGAUAACAUGAAAGACUUUCAAGAAUUGACAGAAUCCUAAAGCACAUUAUAACUGAUAAAGUACUUUGGAAAUGUACUGACUGUUAUGAAGUACUUUUGAAUUGCAUUGAUUGUUAUAAAGUAGGGUAAUAAGAUGGCCAUUUUGUACACAAUAGGGUCCCACUACAGCAAUGUAGUAAUGACCAGAUAAUCUGUUUUUGGAGAUUGA